CGCGCCUCGAGUAGGUCGGGCGAAUCGAGCGAUACAAAUGAACUGUUAAAAACCGCAUUUAUAUCGAUAUAAAUAAAAAAAACAAUCGAACAUCAAUUAAAAACAAAUUUUAUUUCGGUUUGAUGUCUUUUCGUUUAUGUACAUUUAAUGAUUGUUUACUUAUGUAAGUACUAGUGUAAGUGUAGUGUUAACUGAGUUCAAAUCGAGGUUUUGGCUAACAGGAUUAUGAACGGAACAAAUGAAGAAAGUGAAACAAAUGUCGAUCAGUGUUCUAUUGACGUGAUUGAGUAACUAAGUGCAGACGAAACCGAGUGCUGUGAUCAGUUAAGAUGGCGGAUAACGUCGCUUUUGAUGAUGAGAAGCUGGUGGUCGGGAGUCCGAACCAGCGCAAUUGGAGGGGCAUCCUUAUCGCUCUACUAGUGAUUGUUGCCGUGUUGGCCUUGAUAGUGACCUCUGUGGUGCUGCUGACUCCGCCUGAUGAAGGGCCGAGGGUCAAGGGACGGAGGCUUAAGAUACAGGACCUCCUGAACGAAGAGUUAGUGCCUGCGCGAUGGAAUGGGACGUGGAUAUCGGGUGACGAGUUCGUGUAUCGAGAUCCAUGGGGCGGAAUUAGCCUCAUGUUCGCAGUGAAUCAAACCUCAAAGACUCUCAUGCCGAAUACAACAUUUAGGGUGUUGGAGCCGGCGUCGUAUUCGCUGUCAGCAGACCGGCGGUUCCUGCUGCUGGCGCAUGCGCCGCGCAAGCUGCAUCAGUACUCGUACCUGGCGCGGUACACCGUCUACGACGUACUCACUACGGAAUCCUACCCAUUAACACCACUACCGGAUGACGUCGGCGGAGGGGUCAUAACCGAAGGGCCUUACCUCCUCUUGGCUAUGUGGACUCCCAAGGGGCAUGGCCUCAUCACGGUGAAAGACUACGACAUCUUCUACCGGCCAGCUCCUCGGUCUUCAACGGGGUACCGGGUCACAGAUACCGGAAUACCCGGUAGAGUGAACAAUGGUGUGCCGGAUUGGUUGUACGAAGUGGAAAUCCUCAAAUCUCGCUCAGCGUUAUGGAUGUCAGCGGAUGGUCACAUGGUGCUGUACGCGACCUUCAACGACAGCCUGGUGCACGAACAGAAGUACCCGUGGUAUGGAGCAGCGCUGGACACUGAUGACCCUGCCAAGACUUACCCGGAGAUCAGAAGUGUGAGGUACCCCAAACCUGGCACAAACAAUCCGACAGUGAGACUGACGGUGGCGGAUAUUGCGGAUCCUAAGCACAUCCGCACCAGACACCUAACACCGCCUAAAGCGAUACUAGAGGAGGGGGACUACUACUUUACAAGCGCACAGUGGGUGUCACUUACCGAAGUGUGUGUUGUAUGGCUCACGCGUGUACAGAAUUUGUCCGUCGUGUCCGUGUGUAAGAGCCCUAUGUGGUUCUGCCAAGAGGCUUACAGAAUAUUUUCUGGGUCAGAAGGCUGGGUGGAAUCUGCCCCAGCGCCGCUGUGGUCCGCAGGCGGCGGUGCCCUGGUGACCCUCGCCCCCAUCAGGGAUGGACCCGCUGGUCUAUUCCGCCACGUGGUCAGAGCUGAGCACAAUUCGCACGGCUCCAGAGCGUUGCCACUCACACAUGGAAGCUUUGAUGUUGUCAAGUUGUUAGCCUGGGACCACGGGAACCAGCAUAUAUAUUACUUAGGAACUCCAGAAGGUAAACCAGGACAACAGCACCUGUACAGAGUGUCGUCUGAGGCGCCACGGCCCGGCACGCCACAGAAACUGCCCUACUGCGUCACCUGUAACUCGCAGCCUUCUCCGUCAAUUAAUUUAGAAUUCUACGGCAACUUAGCGUCUUCAGGUGAUAGCAACUGGGACAACGACUGGGAUGAAGAAAUACCCGCUACUAGUACGUCAGCUUCACCUAAGAAAAAGAAAAAAAAGCAGCCUGAAAAUAUACCACAGAACCUCCCGUGCCUUUACCACGAUGCCUACUUCAGCCCGUCGUCGACAUAUUUUGUGCUGGAAUGUCUGGGGCCAGGUGUGCCGACGUCCAACUUGCAUAAAAUAUCACUCCCGGAGCCGAGGUUUCUAAUGCACCUUGAAAACAACACGGCGGUUAAGGAGAAGCUGUCGGCAGUAGCUAUGCCGACGCCGCGCACGUUCUCCGUGCAACUGUCCAGUGGCAACACUGCCAGAGUGCGCCUCUUGCUGCCGCCGGGCUUGAGGGAAGAUGAGGUCACCAAGUACCCGCUAGUUAUGAAAGUGCAUGGAGCACCAGGGACCCAGCUGGUGACAGAGCAAUGGUCGUUGGACUGGGGCUCGCUAGCUGCCGGUGCUGGAGCGAUAUUAGCCUCAGUUGACGCGCGAGGCGCUGGCGGGCGAGGGUUAGCCGCCCAUCAUACAUUGCACAGAAGACUGGGGACUGUUGAGUUGGCCGACCAGUUAGAAGUUGCUGAGUACCUCCGCGACUCCCUGCACUUCAUCGACUCCCGGCGAGUGGCGGUGUGGGGGAGAGCCCACGGUGGAUUCCUGGCCGCUCUAGCGCUGGCCAGCGUUAGCCCGCCUAGCGUCUUCCACUGCGGUAUAUCCAUCACGCCUAUAGUGCGUUGGCGGUAUUAUGCAUCAGCCUACGCAGAGCGGUACAUGGGCUUCCCGAACGCGACGGGUAACUACCGGGGCUACGCUGACGCUGACGUCACCAAGCAAGUCUCCGCGCUGCACGACAAGAUGUUACUCCUGGUGCACGGCACAGCUGAUGACAACGUGCAUAUGCAACAGACCAUGGCGCUGGCGAGAGCUCUGGCUGACCAGGGGAGCACGUUUAGGUUGCAGAUCUACCCAGACGAGGACCAUAGCCUGGAGGGUGUCCGGCGUCACCUGUACCGCACCAUGUCCUCGUUCCUGGACGACUGCUUCAAGAAGCAGGUCCCGCCGGAGACGAAGGCCGGCUUACGGAAUGGUGGCAACCUCGACUGAGACUCGUGGAGGGAUGAGGAGUUGUACUCUUGGUAAUUGCAGAGAAGUAGACGCAAACAAAAAAAAAAUAUAAGACAAAAUCUGUAGUACAAUGUUUUCCAUAUCCCAUUCAAUAAUUUACUGCCAAAUGGACUGUUACACAUCAGUUACGUAUGUGAUACAUAGGUAUUAAAGAAUAAGAGAUUUUAUGCGAUUGUAACGGACUAUGAGCCUGCUAUAGACGCACAUUUUAUGAAGGCAAAAUGUUUUGUCAGCCUAUGUUAAUAAUUUAAACCUGAACGAUAAAAAUGCUUGGAAAUUACUGCACUUUAUGACUGGCUAGUAAAUAUUGUUAAAUGGUGAUAAACAAAUAAAAAAGUCAGGCUGAGUUUGUUGUGGGCUCUUCUCCAAAGCGCGCGGAACCCUCGUAACUUUAAGUUACCUUAAAUUAAUAAAUUAGUUAAUGAAUAUUUUUAUAAUAGGAUCAUAGACUGACAAAUUUACAGCCUUCAUAAAAUGAGGUAUGUGUAGCUGUUGCAGCUCUGGUUCUAUAAUGGACCUCUAGCCAUGUGGCACGUCGAUUCUCUUUCUACAAACGCUAACGGUUCGAAAACUAACAAAAUGUAUGAUAAUGACAGAUUCGAUCGACAAUUUGAUUACGUGACCUGUCGAUUAUGUCAUUCCCAUAGAUUUUUCAUUUUUAGAAGCGUUAGCGUUUGUAGAAAGAGAAUCGACGUGCCAUAUGGCUACAGGCCAUCGUCUCGACCGAAUACUAAAAAGUAAGUAAUUUGUCAAAGAUACCUUGAAAAUUCACCUGGUAUUUGACGUUUUCUCAAUAGACGCCGAAUACACGUCAAUUAAAAAGUAUCUCAAAGGAAUCUCAGAUGAUUUUUAGUAUUCAGGAGAGAAAAUAUAAAGACAUUUUUCGAACAGCGCUUUUUCUUAAAUAAACGACGUAUUCAUUACUAAUAAGAUAGAAUUUUACAUCAUAAUAAUUGUAAUACAUAAUUUCUUGUACAAAUUGAUCGUUAUCAAGUUUCUACUAAGUAAUUUCUAUCAAUUUAUUAACUUUUUAUUUUCUCGUAUCAUCUGGCACAAAUAUUAAGACGGUAAGCGCACAAGUUAAUGUGUCACCUAAAAUGCAUUGGCGAUCGACAUACCUGCUUAUUAUAUACAGGGUGCUGGGAAGUAUUCCCCAUAACUCUGGGGUUAUAUUCUUUACCGAAAAUUAAUUCAAAAAGGUAAAAGAACAUGUAUUCUAAAACUAAUAUUUUCGGAGAAAAUAAUAUUUCUUUUGUAAAUAGAUCUUAAAAUGUGUCCCUUAUACGAUAUAGAUAAAGGCGUUUGUUACAUGAAUAGUCGGAAUCUUUUAAAUUACUUUGUAUGAUAACAUAAAAAAGAAUUCGGCUCCUAUAGGUGGACUCGUCACCUUGAAGUUAUGGAAAAAACUCCCCAGCACCCUGUUUAAUGUCGUUGACAUUAGAAUCAUAUAGAUUAGGUAGGAUAUAAAAAGUAAUGAUGUUUUUUUCUAUAUUAAUCAAUGAAUAGUUAUUGUAUGCAAUAAUUUUCGCUUUAACACAAAUUAACCAUACCAAUACGAUUGUUCAGGUGAUGUAAAUAAGUUUCCAGUUACUUGUAAAAUCCUUAACAGUAUCCUUAUCAGUAUUAUAAAUGAAGAAUUUGCUUCAAGUAAAAUUCGUAUAUUUUUUUUAAUAUAGGUACUUACUUUACUAAACUAAAGUCUAAUUUAAAUUAAGUGCAUGGUGCACAUAAGAUAACCGCAAUUUAAGUUGUUCACUUACAUAAAUUAUUAUCAUAAUAAUAUGUAAGAGUACCUAGUUAGGUACUUUGCAAAAUUUCGCAGUGGCAAAUUUUGCUUAGCGGAAAACUGCAAAGUAUCUCGAGGUUCUAGAAUAUUCCUUCUUGUCACAUCAUAAUUAAUUAUAUUCAUUUAGUGAUUAAUAAAGGAAUUGAUAUAGUAGCCCUCUAAACUCGUAAUAUAGUUAAUGCGUUUUGUGAUCUUAGUUCUUAAGUUGUUGACAUAGAUAGUUUGAGAUCAUUAUGUAUAGUAUAAAUAGUACCUAGUACCCUAUUUUCAACCUAAGCUAAGGCUUAAAAUGUCAUUUAUGAGAGAUGCCGGGAUUUCAGACGGUAAGUGGAACUUAAAAGUAAGGGACCACGUCCUUGGAAGAAAGGACGUUACUUAGCUUGUUUUAGCAUUCCUAGUAUAGUUGUCAAUAAAGAAAAGGAUAUAUGAAUUCUAAAUUAAUUCGGGAAUUUUAGUUAUCCCACUACAAUUAACAACAAUAAUAGCAUACGUAUGUUAUUGCUUAACGACGAUAAUUAUAAUUGUAACUAGCGGACGCCCGCGACUUCGUCCGCGUGGAACUCGAUGUAAACUUUCAACUACUCCUACCCAACUCUACUCCUACCCUACCCUACCCCUACCCUACCCUACCUCUACCCCUAUCCUACCCCUACCUUUUCCUGAAUUUUCUUUGCUAUAAACCUCACGGAGCCCGAGACCUUUCCAACGAAUGCAAAACCGUGGAAAUCGGUUCGUGCGUUCUGGAGUUAUAGCGUCAGGAAGGAAAACCCGACUUAUUUUUAUAUAGUAGAUAACAUACAUAUGUUAUUGCUAUGUACCUCUACCUAUUAUGUCACCGUAAAAUUGUAAAUACCGUUACUUUAUAAUCUAUCUCACGAGAUUUUGAACUCCAUACAUACUACUAAGAACCGAAAGUGGCUCAGAAAUCAAUGGUUGGGUUAGGUUUGGUAUUUUUUCUUUUUUUAUUUAUGAACGUACAAAGAAAACACUAAAGAAAAUGCUUACUAUCUACCGAAUAAUAACACCUAAUUUGUAAGCAGAUAGAUUAUAAUUUAACGGUAUUUACAAUAUGACGGUGACACAAUACAUUAUUUUCUAUUUUUUUUAUUAUUUCUUACAAGUUGGCCCUUGACUACAAUCUCACCUGAUGGUAACUGAUGAUGCAAUCUAAAAUGGAUGCGGGCUAACUUGUUAGGAGUAGGAUGAACCGAAAUCCCGUUUCUACACAUACAUACCGGAACGCUAAAUCGCUUGGCGGUACGUCUUUGCCGUUUAACGGGCCACGACUGAAGUCUGCCACCACCAAGUAGUACAAUGAUUAAAAAGCGAUUGCGUAUGAUAAUAAAAAUAUGAUUAUCUCUAAACAAAGAUUGAUAGAUUAUCUUAUCCACGUGUUGAUUAACGUAUUGUGAUAGGUUAUUAAGAAACUGUUGUACCUAAUAGUUUUCGUAGUAAGUGAUUCAAAAUUAAGUACCUAGUAAAAACCCAUAAAUACUAAUAUGGAUUUAAAUAAUUAUUUUCAAAAUUAUUGUUUAUACAAUAUAUUUUUCCCCAUAAUCGCAUCAACACUAAUUGUAGGUAAAUAAAGUAAAUAUUCGGAAUCCAAAUAAUAUCUUAGUAUGGUUUGUCUGUUUGUAGAAAACAAUUGACUCUCAAAGCGCAUGUAAAUACUUACUACUUUCAACAGUAAGCUGUGAGAGUGAUUCUUUGAAAGAUGCCGAUCGUUUAAGUAACUGUCUCGAUAACUCACGUCCAUGCGAUCAAAGGCAAAAUCGCUCCUCUUUUGUUAUUCAACUCCCAAAAGUAAUAAGGAAUGAUUUAUGUGAGCAUCUGAAGCUGGUUGAGGGAAUGAUAAUCGCAUCAUAACAGUAAAAUGAAAGUGCUUAAAAAGUACGAGUGCUGACUUGUAAUGUGACGAAAACUAUGGCAAGAUUUCCUUUAACAUUUUAGUUGCACAAUCUGUAUAAUUUACUUAUAUGUAACUACCAAACUAGGUAGUUAUAUAUAAAUACCUAGCAGUGGCGAAGAGUUCAUGCAAGCCGAUUUUCGCCGGGUUACCUUUAAAAAUUUAUGCAUAUUCACUGUCGUACAUAUGACAUAUGUCUGGACAUAUGAGACCGGACCGGAAGGCAUACCUUUAUCUAAAUUUCAUCGUUCGCCACUGCUACCUAAUUAGGUAAUAUAACAUAUUAUGUAUUUAAUGUAAUUUUUUCAUAUGUUCUUACAAAAAGCGCUGUUUCAGAAAUAAAUCGGGGGCAGUGGCGGUAAAGUGUUAUUAUUACUUAUUAAUAAUGAAAAAAAAUACAUAAUUGUACAUUGUGAAAUUUAUAAAUAUUGUAGACAACAUUAGAAAAAGGACCCUUCUAAUGUAGAUAUAUCCUAGAAUCUAAGUAAAUUAUUUAGCUUUACCUUGCACUAUUCUAUUGGGGCGAAAAAAAAACAUCACAUUCAUGGAGUAAACAGAAUGUUUUGUAAAAAAAUGCAUGCAUUGUGCAUUAAAGGCAAUUCAUUAGAAACUUCCAAAACUCACAGUUCACUAUCUAACCAAAAAUUUAAUUCAAUUUUCAGAGACUAAAAACUAUUAGACGCCUAUAUUUGGUUUGGUAAACUUGCGUAAUUUGCUCCAGAAAUAUUUUAAAAAAAAUUGAGCAAUCGCCGUUUUUCUGAUAGUCAGGUACGAGUACAAUGAAAAACGUAACACGUAAUACGUUGUUAAAUGUAACUCUAUUGGAAACCAACUAAACAUUUUAUGUCAAUUAUUCCAUUAUUAAAAUUAUCAACAGCUUAACACUCAAUCAUAAUAUAAAUCACUGUAUUAGUCAUAAAUAUAAUAACUAUCAUGGUAAAAAUAAUGUACAUACUCGUAUUAUACAGGAAGAAAAUUUUUUUAGUGCGGAUAUUUUUAUAUUUUGUACAUAAACAAAAUUUAAUGAUCACGUAUUUUUUCUUUUUUUUUUUAACUCAAAAAUAACAAAAUUAUCGUUAGCUAAAGUUAUUUACUUUUGAACAGAAUUUUAGGGUCACCCUAUUGUGCGUUUAUUUUAUUUUCGUUUGAUACCUAAAGGACGUCACCAGAUCACUUUUAAGCUGAAUAUAUCUUGUUUAGUAAUAAUAUGUACAUUAUUUUGUUAUUUUAGAGACAUAAAUUAAAAAAAAAAUUACAUUAAAUGUAUCGAACUGUUUGUAGAUUUAUAUUCUAUUAAUGAUACAGAACCACGAAAAAAAAUAUCCGCACUAAAGACCGAAUCACCCUGUAUAUCGAAUUGUUGAAAAUUGCUCAUUUUCGUAAUUAAAAUUUUUGCAUGUCACGCCAUUUAAUCGCUAGGUAUUUCUAGAAUAUAAAAUUAAAACUUAGUAAAGACCAAUAGAUUUAAAAUAUUUUAAAUUCAUAUUUAAUAAAAUUUUAAAAUAAUAAUUCGAUUUGAAUUUAGUGCUUUAAUUAUUCUAGUCAUGUUCCAAUCGUGAAUUUUAAGGCGAAAAUAACUUUAAUAGCAAUAAAUAAUAGUGAAAGUACCUCUUUUAUUAAUAUAAACUGUUCUUCUGUAGUCACUAUUUUUUAACAUAAUAGAUUUCUAAAAUUUUCUGCAAAAUUUAGAAAAAAUCCCCAAGUGAAAUGCAAUAUUGUUACCUAUAACACCAAUUUACACAAUAUUUUAUAAUAUAAUAUCAUAUAUUUUUAAAAUUGUUCACCUGUUUUAUUUUUAUUAUUUAUGUCACUUUUAAUGUAAAUAAUGGUCUUUAAUCCUUAAACGCCGAAUACACCUGAUAAGAAUAAAUUCCAAUUGAAAAUCAAAUAUCCUGCCUACAAAGACACGCGGAAAUUUGCAAAAUCCAAAGUAUUUAUAAUAUACACAAUAUCGCAAUGUAUUUAUGACGUUUAAGGGAUAAGGAUCGUAAACCCAAUGAGAUGUUAUUAUAUCUAGAUACCACACUGUAUCGUUCAAUCUGUCACCUAGUUCUAAUAAUAAAAGAGUUAAAAAUAAAUUCUUUUUAAAAGUUACUUGCGUCCGUUUUUAUGCGUGAUAUGGGCUAUUACCUCCAGAAGUUUUUACAUCUCAGUAUUUAAACCAUGUUUUUUUUUAAUAUGUUUAAAUAUUGAAUAAUUUAAGAUAAAUACAAAGUGAGAAAGACCUAAGUGCCAAAGCGUCGAUGUUUCUCGUAAUGUUCUUAAUAGUGAUUAGAUUAAGUAAUAAAUAAGAUUAAUAAAAAUGAAUCGUCUUUCAUGUUAAAGUUAGAUUUUUGCGCUUAUUUAGUGCGUAGUUAUGUUACGUUUAGGGCCAACGGAGAAGUGGAGGAAGUCGGCCGUUAGAUAGCUGAAAAUAAAAAUCUUUAUUAAUUAUAUAUAAAAAGUUUUAAAUACGAUAUAUUUUUCUGCUACCACUUCUUUCUCAGUUUAAACUGUCGUUACUUGAAUUUUGAACUGCUUCAACUUGUCUUACAGCCUCUACGAACUGGCUUUUUUACUAGGAGUUAGAGUACGCGGGAUCAUUGUAUAAAAGGUAUAGUUUGAAGGAGCUAUAUGUAAGAACAGUGUCUAUGGAUUAUAUCUAAAGCCCGUGUGCAUCUUUAGAUGAGACCCUAGAAAAUUGGUCAUGUGGAAUAUUUUUUUAAUGUUGAGCUUACGACCCAUAAAGGGUCAGGGACCCCGUUGAGCUAGAAGCCCGAGGCUUAUUGCCAGUCCUGCCAACAUAUGAGUAGUUACGUCACUGAUAAAGAAUCAACCCUCUAAAAAAUCAAUCAGUAUAGAAAUAAAAAACAUAUUUUAAUAUUUUAUCAAAAAAAUGUUGCAAAACCAACUAAUUCUUAAAAUAUAAUGCUAUACAAAAUCUAACAGGUGAGUGACCGUCUUUGCCAUUUUUUUUCAUCAAGAUUAUUUACUAAAUCACGAAUAAUUUGCAAAGUUCUUUAACAAAAAAUAGUUUUGCUUUAAAUGCAUCGAUAUUUUAUACUAUUAGAUAUGUAACAUCCCUACAAAACUAGUGCACCAGUGCACUAGUGUCAUUUUUAAUAGUAUAAAAUAUCUUUGUCUAAAAAUAAUUUAAGAAUAAAAAUUCUAUAAUACCUACAUAACUAAUCUUCCUUCCUUCCUUCUAAUUUCACGUCCUUAAUAUAUUAUACUAAGCAUUGUCAAAUAUACAGAAUGCUCAGUAGUAUUUCCCAUAACUAUAAACGAAAAUAUUAAUUAAAUAUGUCCAAGGAACAAAUGAAUAUUUUCCGAGGAAAUAAUAUUUAUUUUUUUGUAAAUACGCAUCCUUAUAAUAAUGACGUAAUAACACUUAUUCAUUGAUAAAUAUCACGAAGUAGCUAAUUAGUGAAUUGCGGAGUGCCAGUUGCAACUAUGUCGUCGUCUCACAGUUUUUUUAUACAGUUCGGCUCCUACGAGUCUAUGUGGACUCGUCAAUAACUUGAAGUUAGAGGAGAUACUCCCGAGCAUCCUGUAUAUCCAGGGCCGGACCGUCCAUACGGCGAACGGAGCGGUCGCUCCAGGCGCCAAAUCCUAGGGGGCGCCGAAAUGGUAAAGACAAGAUCGAAAAGAAAUUUAUUUCCUUUCGAUCGUCUAUAUUUAAAGCGAAGAGAUGAACGCGACGUGCGCGAAUUUACUUUUAAUAGAGGCGUCUUUCUUUACCUAUGGUGCAGGGAGUGCGUUGAUUUUAACCCGGGUAUAUACAGGUAAUAGAGAGCGCUAGGUUGAUGAUUGCACCCGGGCGCUGCGUGAGCUAGAGAGUCUUUACUUAUAGUACAGGGGGUGCGUUACACCCGGAUGUCGCGAUCUCAGGGGCGUCCAAGCGCCACUCGCCGCGCGGGUUCUAUAGGUACUAGGGGGCGCUACGGUGAUGAUUGCACCCGGGCGCUACGUGAGCUAGAGUCUUUACCUGUAGCGCAUGGGGUGCGUUACACCCGGGUGCCGCGAUCUCAGGAGCGCCCAAGUGCCACUCGCCGCGCAGGUUCUAUAGGUACUAGGGGGCGCUAGGGUGAUGAUUGUACCCGGGCACUACGUGAUCGAGAGACGGUAUUUUGCCUGAUUUUCAAUUGGCCUGAGUAUGGUCAAAAUCUUCGCGUUCCAUAAGUUCGUAGCCUAAGUAAACCAGGAAACUACAAAGCUAUAAUUUUUUAGGUAAUUUAUUUUUCAACUUUAUUUAGAGCUCAAUACACUUAUUUUGUUGGCCUGGAAACAUUUCUAUACCAGCUAUUUUUGUUCUUUAAACUCUUAGAAAAUGCAUAGACCACUUUCAUAAAAAUUUUGAACUCGAUAAGUGCUUUUUCUAGAUUCGGAAAUAGUCAAAAGUCUGAUGGAGACGAGACUAGAUCAUAUGAAUAUGGUGGAAAGGUAAGAAUUCUAAAUUAUACUGAUGAAUUUCUGCUAUGCUUUUAACAAACGUUUCACACGUUUGUUAAAAGCAUAGCAGAAACUCGCAAAUUAUCCUGAUGAAACAAAACUUUUCUUCUCAAUGAUCACGGCCAUUUUUCUUUAAUUUGUCCUCUGAAACAUCGCAGUAGAUUUCACUAUUAAGCAGAGUUUAUAUUUACGCCUUUCUUUAGUAAUCCGCCGUAAUUACAUCCCGCGAAUCUCAAAAAACUAAGGCCAUUACUUUUCCAACACGCAAAACCGCUUCUGCCUUUUUGGAACAUUGGAUCCUGGUCGUGUCCACUUUUUAGACUGUACUUUUGUUUCUGGAGUUAAAGUAAUAUACUCAGGUUUUAACCAUGGUCACAAAACAUACAAAAAAGUAUCUGCCUCAAACAACUCCAAGCAGUUGCGAAAAUUCGUCAGUCGAUCGCGUAUUUGUUCAACUCAAAGAAGCCAAGGCGAUUAUGUGAUGUUUGCCUUCUGUUGAGAUGCCAAUAGUGUCAGCUAUCUUCCUAAAAGUCAAUCUAUCUAUCUAUCUAUACUAUAAUAAAAGAGUAGAAAUCGAGUGUCUAUACUUUGCCCAAGUUUAACUAAAAUCAAGUUAGGGCAAUUAGAAAUGAGCAAUUGAAUACGAAAACAUUUUUUUUAAUUUUCUUGUCUGUCUGUCUGUCUGUCUGUCUGUCUGUCUGUCCUUCUGUCUGUAUGUUCGCGCUAUUCUCUGGUUCUACUGAACGGAUUUUGAUGCGGAUUUCACAAAUAGAGUAAGCAUAGUCCAGGGCAACAGAUAGGCUUUGUUUCAUUAAGAUCGGAUAUAUAGCAAAAAACGCGAGGCCUUUGGCCGCGAACUUUAUUUUACACCAGCCUUCGGCCAGGGGUUUGUAAUAGGGCUUCUGACUGUGACUAUGGCUGGGCAUUUUACCCAAGCGCAAAAAACGCGAGGCCUUCGACCGCGCACUUUAUAAUAUACUACUAUAUCAUAAAAAAGUUUCCAUUAAAUUAAAAGCGAAACAUAACAUCGUAUGUGCUAUCUUCUGAUCAGUUUGAAGGCGGUACCAAGUUAGUGCUGUGUUAAUUAAAGCCGUAUCUGAAAGAAGUGUCUGAAAAUCCAGUUAAAAUCUUUAUGAUUUAAACGGCUUGAAUCGAAUCGAAAUCGAACGGUCGAAUUGAGAAACCUCCUCCUUUUUUGAAGUCGGUUAAAAAUGUAUGACAUCCCGAUAUACGUUAGGCUACGAACUUUUCAAACGUCCCUAGUAUAUAAUGUUAGGAGCAAACAGGAAAGGCGCCAUAAUUGGAUCUCGCUCCAUCCUAAAAUUUACCUCGGUCCGGCGCUGUGUAUAUCUACCUGUUAUGCUAAUAAUACCUAAGUUGUUAUGAAUAUAUUUGUUGCGUACUUACUUAUAAAAUAUUUUAAUAGUUUUAACUAUUACACACUUCAUUACGAGUACUGGUAACUUCGUCUACUUUGCAGUAGGUAACACACUCAGAGAUAAUUAAUAUAAAAAAUAUUUAACAAGUAUGUACAUAAGAACAAUAUUAUAUUAUUAAUAUAUACUUAAAUAUUGAUAACAAAAUAAGUUAUUGAUUUCCCAAAAUCCUUAUGGUCAUAUUUAUAAAUUUGGAUUAAGAUUUAUGUCUUAAUUUUUUCCAAAGUAAAGUGGACCUAAUUACAAAUAAAAGUUCACAUUACACUAAACGCUUAAAAGUAAGAACGCUUACUGCAGUAAAACUGUACACAAGAAAAGCUGAAUUCGCAAACCAUGAUGCAUUGAUUAUUAUAAUUAUUAGUAAGUAAUCUUAAUUAGAUUUUUUAGUAAAAAAAAGUAACAUCAGAAAUACUUUGGUAAUUUACUGUCGUAAUUGCGGCUGCGUGUAAAAUUAUUAAUUAUAUAAAAAUCUUUUUUUUAUUUCAAUUUAUACAUACAUACUGUUUCUUCUAAAAUUCGUAAGUUACCAGUAAUCGCUUCACCUUAACUCUAAACUCUUACAUCUAAGCGCUGUUGCCUGUUAUUAUUGUAAAUUUUAUUUUAUAAGUAUUGUUAUCGUUAUUUAUUGUGAAUACGUCACUUCAUUAUUAGAAUUAACUAUUGUAUUGUGAGAUUCAAUAAACAUAUUAUACUAAACAAACUAA